GACAAACCUUAAAUCUUAGCGAUUUAUAAUCCAAAUGUCUGAAAUUGCAACGCAUCGAACGCCAAUUAGCAUUUUACAAGAAGUGUGCGUAAAGAAAGGAAUAACUCCGAUCUACGAACUUGUGUCAAGUGAAGGACCGAUUCAUGAGCCACUUUAUGUAUUUUUGUGCACAGCCGGUCCAUUCAGUGCCACCUCUAAAGGUAACUGGUUUACGUAGCCGUUCAGUUUUCCAAUCAGGAGCGAGUAAGAAGAGAGCCAAACAUCAAGCAUCAUACUUAAUUUUGCUAAAGAUGCUGAACAGCAGGCUUUUGACAGAGUCGGAAAAAUAUACUCUGCGGGAUAUACAUAUUGCCGCGGUCAACGUUCUAGGAUCUGACUUUAUGGACUCACUUGAUGAUAUAGAACUGGAUGGUCUACCAAAUAAAAUAAAACAGGAAGAGGAAGGUAACUUUGUUGGACAGCUACAGGAUUUGUGUCAGAAAAAUACCUGGCCACCGCCAUCCUAUGAAUUUUUAACCAUACCACAGUCUACUCCAUCGGGCAAUGAAUACAGUUGCAAAGUCAGGUUGUGGAAAUGGACUCAUACAGGAUUCGGAAAUUCCAAAAAAUCUGCAAAGCGACGCGCAGCCCUAGGACUUUUAGAUAAUAUUAUCAAAAAUAAUCUGACUAUACCUCAAGAGGCUUUGGAUGAUAUGGAAGAAGAAACCCUUUCUUUACUUGACAAACAGGACCAGUCUGAUCUGAAGGAAAAUAAAUUAGAAAAUGAGGCAACUGCUCGUAUUUCUUCCAAAGCUCUUCGUGGUUUAUGGAAUAGAAAAGGUGGUAAAAUACGCGUUCCACCCAUAGAUAACCCUGAUAAGAUGGAUAACGCAUGUGAAUAUCUUCAGGAGAUUUGUGAUUGUGCAAAAAUUACUGUUGUAUAUACAUACGUUCCUGCAAACAGUCAGGGUAUGCCAUUCAUUCGUUUACUUUUCAAAAUUGUUUGUAUCUAAUCAAACUUCAGUAAGUUUCGUUACAGAAUAGUCUUCACUGACUUGACAAGUUAUGUAGUGACGAUCUAUGAAUCAAGAUAUAGAUCGCCAUUUCAAGCGAAGAGUGAUGAUAGUAGGCAACCUUUGUAGCCCUUAAGUUCCAAACACAAGACCUAAUAGAAAAGCGAGUUUCCACACCAGCUGAAACAGUAUAAAAAUUAAAACUCCUGAUUUUAAUUGCCAGUAUUGUUAUUCAGUCUCCAUCAAUGAGUUCUUUCAUAUUAAUGACCUGACACUACGACUAUUUUAAAAUGGGAUAUACUAAACUACUUUCUAAAAGGUCGGAUUUUAGAUGUCUUGAGCAUUACUACAAUUUGACUAAAUUAACGAUAUUUUUUCUAAACCAAUACGUUGGAAUGUACAUAGGUAUCAGCAAAAUGGUUACAACUAAUUAGUAUGUUUUCUAAAAGUAUAUCAAUUUGGAACGUUAUUUGUGUAACUUUUGGAGGUACGCGAUAAAUAUCCUCUAUUAUUUUACGCUUUUUAAAUUUCAAGUGGCGUUUAGCACAAUUUCCGAUUCCUGAAUGUUAAGAUAUAUUGAUUAUUCUACUUUACGAAAUUCUUCAAUUAAUUCUGAACUAUAAUUUUUAGGGAUGAUCUGCUGCUUUGCGGAACUUUCCACUCUACCACCACAUGUAAUCAAAAGUCAAUUAUCACCAAACCUGGCAAGUGCACGUAAAGAUGCUGCUCGCAGAUGUAUACUAUUUCUAAAGGCUAUGUCAUCUACAACACCUUGUCUUAACUACAGUGAAUGGUUUUCUGCUUCCCCUGAAAAUGAUUUGAAAUAGAUUUAUGUAAUUAAUUAUAUAUAUAUGUACAUACAUUUA